AUGGGCAAAUAUGUUUGGGCUCUGGCUAUUAAGCAGGAUAAUGUGUGGAUCAAGUGGAUCUCUUCAGUGUAUCUCAAAGAUGGGGAUUGGUGGGAGUAUAAACCUCCAGUUUCUGCAAGUUGGUAUUGGAAGCAAAUCUGUAAAACAAAAGAACAACUGAAGCAUUUCUUCACUCAAUCUGACUUCAGAGGUAUGGCAACCUAUUCUGUGAAGCAGAUUUAUGAAACAAUAAUUGGCACUAAACCUAGAGUACAUUGGGAUAAAGUAGUUUGGAAUAGAUUGAAUAUCCCCAAGCAUAGAUUUAUUAGCUGGCUAGCCAUGCAAUCAAGACUCCAGACCACCUCAAAGAUGGCCAGAAUUGGAGUUAGUCAGUCAGCUAUGUGUUUGAUCUGUGGGCAAGAAGAUGAAACUCAUCAGCAUCUGUUUUUUCAAUGUGUUUAUAGCUGUGAUUGCAUCAGAGCUAUUAAAUCCUGGCUGGGUUUGUCCAUUAAUAUUAACAGCCUAACCAAUUUGAUUAGUCAAAUUGGGCAUAGCAGGUGGUCUAAAUUUAAGAAGCAGGUAUAUUAUGCAGUUUUGAUGGCUGCAGUGUAUCUGAUUUGGCAUUGUAGGAAUACUAGCUUCUGGGAAAACUAUGUUCCUACUGUGAAUCAUACUGUGAACAAGUUGAAGCAAGUGGUGAGAGGUAGAAUUCAUGCUGUCAUGCCUAAGAGUGUUAGCAGAAAAGAUAGUGAGUGGUUCAUGAGCUUGUAA